UUGCUUUAGCUAUAACUCAAAACGAAACGACAUAAAAAGCGAUUAAGUUUCUUCGUUCUUCUUCUUCCUCUUCAUCCAUUGUGGAUUAGGGUUGAGAUUCCGAAUCUCAAUGUCGAUCAACAUCGGAGAAAUCUCGGUUCCAGACCUACCAGUCUUCUUCUCCAUGUUCUUAACCAUCUACCUAAUCGCUUACUUCAUCGUCUUCCGCAAUUGGAAACCACAAAUCCGUCCCGAAGCUUCUAGCUGCCUGAUCUCAAUCUUCCACGGAACUCCGGCCGUUUUCCUCGCCACACGCGCCGUCUUCUCCUCCUCCUCACGCACCUUCGCCUCCGCCAACACCGCCGCCCAAAACACCGUCCUCGAUUUCAGCGUCGCUUACUUUUUCACCGAUCUCCUCCACUACAUCGUCUUCAACCCAAGCGACGUACUCUUCAUCGGCCACCACUUGGCCACUCUCUUCGUCUUCCUCACGUGCCGGUUCCUCGUCUUCCACGGCGCUUGCGCAAUCUUAGGCCUAUUGAUCCUAGCCGAAGUCACGAGCGCCUGUCAGAACGCGUGGACGCUCGCCGGAGCUAGGAAAAGCGAUCCGGAUUCACAGUUAGCCGUAAAAGUGUACCAUCUCUUGUCCCCUCCGUUUUACGCCUUCUACAGUAUCGUUAGGGGUGUGUUGGGACCUUUGUUUUUCGUGAAAAUGGUAUCGUUUUACGCGAGAGGCGGUGCUCAUGGUGUGAUACCUAAUUGGUUGUGGAUUUCUUGGGCUAUUGUUGUUGGAACUGCUAUUACUGUUAGUAUACUUUGGAUUUGGAACCUCUGGAUUGAUUUGUUUAGAGAAAGGAAAGCUAAUCAACUAGGACAGGACAAGAAAAUUAGAUAGCUCUCUUUCUUUCUUCUCUCUCUCACUCUCAACAUCACUGUUUGAGCUUCAUUUCCCAUAUAUGUACUAUAUAUUAUAUAUACCAUUAUUGUUUUCACUUUUUAGAAUUCUCUUUAAACUAUGUAUGUUUUGCUUCUGGUGUGCAAAUGCACUGUUUAAUUCAUCUCUGUAUUGUUCACUUGUUUAUCUACGAGUUGCUACCCAUUGACUCUCUUUGUUUACAGACUAAUGUAAUAUUGUUUAUAACACCUUGUAAACGACUCUGAUUGCCUUAGCUGCUACAACAGAUCUUAGAAUUCGUGUUGGAUUGAA